AUGCGUUUAACUCUCAACAGGCGCCCUUCGGCGCGCCGCCGCCAUCAGCGGUCAAAUUUCCUGGCAUUCGCAGCUCUGGCGCCCGCUUUGGCAACUGCGAUCCAGUUCACCCCGGUCCCCGAUGUGAACCUUGACCUCUCCCAGCUUGGCAGAAUUGGUGUGGCGGGUGAUUUCAACGGCAUUUCCCUCUAUCAGUUUGAGGAACAGAACGAGAGGCCGUACAACACCAAUGGAAGCGAAUCCUUGCUUGCCCAGCUGCCCAAUGGCGCCUUUGCGUCGGUCAUAUCAACCGAUGCUUCUAUUCACGACAUGUGCACAUUUACGCUCGAAAAUGGAACGAUGCAGGGAGUGGUAAUCGGCGGUAAUUUCACGAGCUUGGAUGGCAUUCAGUCACAAGGCAUUGCCUUGUUCAACCCCAACACAUCCGAAAUCACGCCUCUGGCUGGUCUUUCAGGCCAGGUUAAUGCCCUGCUCUGCGACCAAGAGGCGAAUACAGUCUAUGUUGGAGGUAACUUCCGGAGCGCCAACUCGACCAACGCGAUUGCCUGGUAUGGCACGGAUGGCUGGACUAACCUUCCUUUUGCUGGGUUCAACGGCCCUGUUUCGUCCAUCACUAAGGCUUCUAACGGCCACAUUGUCUUUGGUGGCAGUUUCACUGGCCUCGGCAACACCAGCACCCCCAGCACUCCGGAUGGCCAGAUCAUUAACCUGUCGAGCGCCAACAUUACUUCGGCCUCGAGCACUUCUACGUCUGGCUUCAGCGAUCCCCGCAACAUCAUCUGCAAGACGGACGGAGUUGAUGGCUCGGGCAACACUUGGCUGCUGCGCGACAACUCGGCGGGUUUUUGGCAAGCCACAUUCGGCUUCGGCUUCCAGCCUACGAAGCUCAGACUCUGGAACACCCACCAGGAUGGCCGAGGAACCAAGACGUUCCGCUUCACCGCCCUCCCUCUUGGAGGUAUUCUCAACAUGACGUACCUGGACCCAGCUACGGGACAAAACGCCUCCUGCACAAGUGAGUGCCCUCUCAGCAGCAACACCAGCAUCAAGUUCCAGGAUUUCCACUUUGUCAAUCUCGUCGGCAUGAAUUCAUUCAGAAUCGAUAUUUCUGAGUUCUACGGAUCGGGCGGUGGGCUGAAUGGCAUUCAGCUGUUCGAGGAUGAUAUCAACUCUUAUGCCAUCAAUGACUUCAACGCCCCAGCUUGCUCCGAUAGUGAUACCAAGUCGUCUGCCACUGCCACCGGGCCGUGGACGACUUCCCCCUCGCUGCAGAGCAGCUCCGAGUAUCUGACUGCGAAGCUCUCCGGCAGCAUUACCGCGGACUCCGCUUCGGUCACUUUCCUUCCCGACCUCAAGGAGUCUGGCAAUUACUCCGUCAACCUAUACACGCCAGGCUGCCUACAGGACGGCACGUGCUUGACCCGAGGACAGGUGAACGUCACAGGCAUCAUGUCAUCCACUGGCAAUGAUAAGUUUACGACGUCGCUCUACCAGACAAACAACUUCGAUAAGUACGAUCAGAUUUACUUCGGAUAUAUCGAAGCAAGCUCCGCAGAUGGCUUCCGGCCGAGCGUUACUCUUACCCCGUUGGCUGGCCAGACCCUCAAUGAAAUGACCAUUGUUGCCCAACGCGUUGGGUUUACUCUUAUCAACUCUACUGGAGGACUCAACGGCCUUUUCGACUUUGAUCCUUCCAUGGCUACUCUGAACACGGACUUUAAGAGCUCCAAGAUCAACCAGCUCGGGUCAUCAUUCGCCUCUGGAUCUGCGGUUACUAGCCUGGUAACUGCUGGUGAUCUGGUCAUUGUUGGGGGCAACUUCACGUCUUCCUCUGCUCGCAACGUCAUCGGCAUUAACACUGCAAAUGAGGCCACCAUGGCGCUGGAUGGCGGCCUCAACGGUGAAGUCAAGGCCAUGAAGCUCAAUGGCACUCAACUCUAUGUCGGCGGUGUCUUCUCAAACACCCAGGACAACGCAGUUGCAGGUCUCAACAACGUAGGUGUUUACGACACCUCCGCUAAUACCUGGACUGCACUUGGCUCCGGCGUCAACGGCGAGGUCUCCCACGUGGUCCCGAUGUUCGUCAACAUUACGAAUGAGAACGAGCCCGAGUUUGUCGUCACCUUCACCGGUGACUUUAGCGAGAUCAAUGCGUUUGGCGACAACGCGGCUAUCCCCGUCUCUGGGUUCGCUGUCUGGGUUCCGUCUCAGAAGAACUGGUUGCAGAACCUCUCGGGCCCUGUCCCCGCCUUCAGUGGCAUCUUGACGACUGGUAUCUCCAACCUUCCACAUGGAGGAUCUCUUUACGCAGGAUCCAUGACUUCAGCCACCAUCAGCGCCAAUGGAGCAGUCACACUGGCUGAAAAGUUUGGCCAGUUCCCUAUCAAGAUCAAGCCCUCUUCCACGAGUUCUGGCACAAUCAGCAAACGCGACUCGGUCUCAAGUGGCAACGUUACGGGCGUGGUCACUGGUGCUUUCUACAACAACAAUAAUCGCAACAUUACCAUUCUCGGCGGCCACUUCACGGCCGAAGGCACGAACGGUACUUCCGUCAAUAACUUGGUGCUCAUUGAUGGAUCCAAAUCAAACGCGAUUACUGGCCUUGACUCCCAGAUUGAGGACAACUCAACCUUCAUUGCACUCGCCAUCACAGGGGAUCUGCUCUUCGCCGGCGGCAACGUCCGUGGCCGUGUCAAUAACAACGACGUGCGAGGCAUCAUCUCUCUCAACCUUGAAAGUGGUGCUUUGAACAGCACUCAGCCGCCCGCCAUGAGCGGCGGUAACGCAACCGUUACCUCUAUUGAGGUCCGCCCUGAUUCUGGUGAUGUUUACGUUGCUGGCUCAUUCAAUGCAGCUGGCGCGCUUGGCUGUCCGGGUGUCUGUUACUAUGACACAUCCCUCGCAGGCUGGAACCGUCCUGGUGUCAACCUUGAGGGGACCGGUCAUACGCUUAUCUGGACAAGUAAGAGCCAGCUUGUUGCCGGUGGUAACUUCACUCUCAACAGCACCUACCCGACAAUGCUUGCGAUGUACAGUCCUGAGCGUCAAGCAUGGUCCGCCUACCCUGGAGAAGAUACUUUGCCGGGUCCUGUUGAGGUCCUGACGGCUGGAUCGAGCGAUCGCAGUCAACUGUGGGCUUCUGGAACCGCAUCCAACGGCUCCAUUUACCUGAUGAAGUACGAUGGCUCCGCCUGGCACUCGGCGGGAGUCACUCUCCUUCCCGGCACCGUUGUAAACAGCCUCCAAGUCUUCUCUCUGACCACAUCUCACGACAAUACCGACAUACUGAAUUCCAACCAAGUCUUGAUGAUGACGGGGUCCCUCAACAUUCCCGGUUUUGGCACAGCUUCAGCUGCCAUCUUCAACGGCACGACCUUCCAACCGUACGCCCUCACAAUCAACAGCGGCAACACUGCCGGAUCGAUCUCAAAGAUCUUCACCGAGAACGAGGACUUCUUCUCCGACAAUGCUAGUCACUUGGCUCUCGGAUUCGUCGUUCUUAUAGGUCUCGGUAUCUCGCUCGCCCUCAUAUUCCUCCUGGUCAUCGCUGGCAUGGCUCUCGAUCGUCUGCGCAAGAAGCGCGAAGGUUACUCGCCAGCCCCGACGUCAAUGUACGACCGCGGCGGUGGUAUGAAGAAAAUUCCACCUCACGAGCUCUUUGAGUCACUUGGCAAGGGCCGGCCUGGCGCACCGACGGUCUAA